AUGCCAGAGGGCUAUGUACCCUUCUGUCCACCACCGCUAGCGCCACUCACUUUGGACCCUAUGUCUUCCCCCACCGCAUUUCUUAAUCUGGAUUCAAAUCUCGAGAGUUUUGACGAUGCCCUCAAAUCCAUGCAGUCCCAGAACACCACCACGGGAUUGGUCUGUUCUCCUCCCCGCCUUCGUUACACCACGUCGGUUGGCACACCUCAAACCACAUCGGCCACGUCAGUCAUCACACCUCGCACCACGUCAGUCGGUACACCUAGUACCACAUCAGUCGGUACACCUAGUACCACAUCAGUUGGUACCAUGCCAGUCAUCACACCUCGCACCACGUCAGUUGGUACAACGUCGGUCAUCACACCUCACACCAUGUUGGUUGUUACACCUCAAACCACGUCGGUUGGUACCACGUCGGUCAUCACACCUCGCACCACGGUGGUUGACAUGCCUACCAUCACCCAUUCACCUGUGGUCAGGUCUUCCACCACACCCGCCAUCACACCCUCUCCAGCUGCACCCACAACUACCAUACCCAUCACCACAUCCUCAGUAGCUGCACCCACAACUCCUGUGACACUGGGAACAAGGCCUUCGCAGCUUAUUUCUGGGGUGGGACUUGAUGCUCAAAACCCCAGCAACGUUGUAGAUGAACGUCCGGCAAAGCGCCAGAAACGGGCUCAAUGCACACGUGCAGGAGAGACAGAUCCGCUACAGGCUGUCUCCUCCGGCCGAGGGAAACGACAAAGAUUCCAGUCCACUCGAGCUGCUGCCGCCAAUGCGAUUGGUUGA